AUGGCCGCGCCACCAGCUCUCGGGGCCCUGGGCUUCACCUUCACCGUGAUGCGGGCCAUGCAGUUCAUCGGGCUCGUCAUCAUCAUCGGUCUGAGCUCGAGCUUCGUGGCCGACAUUGUCGCUUCCUCUUUCGCGGUGCCUCCCGCCCUCAUCGGCACUCUCGUCAUUGCCUGUCUUGCUGAGGUCUACGUCAUCAUCAGCUACAUCUUGUACUGGGACUCGCUGCUGCCACUACUCGUCGCCACGGCCGCCGACGCGCUGUGCCUCGUCGCCGGCAUCGUCGUCGCCUGCGUCGUUGGCAAGCCCGUCAGCUACCUCACCUGCGAGGCGUUCCCUGCCAAAGGCAACACGGCCGUCUUCCUCGACUCGCUCUUCGCCAACGUCCGGCACCUCGACGGCAACACCUUCGCGUGGGCGGCGCCGAGCAAGCCCUCGUGCCUGCAGCUCAAGGCCAUCUGGGGCAUCAGCAUCGCCCUGUGCGCGCUCUUCACCCUGUCCACGGCGACGACGGCGUGCCUCUGGCGGCGCCUCAAGUCCGGCGGCGCUGGCGCUCCGCCCAAGGACUUCGCGUGA